UCUUGGAAAAGAAGAAGUGUUCACUAACAAGGGUUUUAAGAGAGAUUUGUCCAUUGAGUGCAUGAAAAAGUCUUACGUCUUCAACUUAAACCUGUGAAAAAUAGCUGGGUGGACAGGAGAGGGAGGGGGAGAGCUUCAACCCUGGUCUCCCCAGCCGACCCUGAGUUAACCAGCCAGCCAUGGAUGACCGCUCCUCACUUGGAAAAGUCAGCAGCUCUACUGAGUCCGUGGCCACCGUCACCAGUGAGGAGUUUGUUCUGGUACAGUCAAGUGCUGCCGGGUCACCGCAAGGUUCCGAGGGCAAACCAAGACUCAAGAUGGCUAUGAAUGGGAGUGAGCAGCUGGAGAAAGCUAUGGAGGAGGUUUUGGACGAUGAUGAUGAGGUGAAGGUGGAGAAGAGCAACGUGGAAAAGAUGGAGAAGCACAGGGACCCAGAGAGCCGAGUCCUGGAACCCCAGCCUGCAGGUACAGAAGCAUGUCCAGCACCACCAAGCCCCACAGUGCUGGAAGAGGACAGUGUCCAGUUCAACAAGCUGUCCUACCUCGGCUGCACCUGGGUCAAAGCCCCGCGCAACGAGGCAGAGGCACAGAGGGCCAUGGCCACCCUGCGUGCCGAAAGUGCCAUCCCCAUUCCUAUAACCCUGCAUGUGCCCUGUGGAUCAGACGGCUCUGUCAGGAUUGUUGACCAGGCCUCGGGUACAGAGAUCGCCUCAUUUCCCAUCUACAAGGUCUUGUUCUGUGCACGUGGACAGGAGGGUUCGAUAGAAAGUGACUGCUUCUCUUUCACUGAGAGUUACCGGAGCUCUGAGGACUUCCAGAUUCACGUCUUCUCCUGCCACAUCAAAGAGGCCGUCAGUCGUAUCCUGUACAGUUUCUCCACAGCCUUUCGGCGCUCUUCGCGGCCAACAGACAUCAGGGACAUGGCGCUGUCCAGUCCGCCUGACGGCGACCUCUACACCUUCACUGUGUCACUGGAGAUCAAAGAGGAUGAUGGCAAGGGCAACUACAGUCCAGUGCCUAAGGACAGAGAUAAAUUCUACUUCAAGCUGCGACAGGGCGUUCAGAAGAAGGUCGUGGUUUCAGUUCAGCAGCUGUGCAACAAGGAGCUGGGCAUCGAGAGGUGUUUUGGGAUGCUGCUGAGUCCAGGACAGAAAGUCUGCAACAGUGAUAUGCAUCUACUAGACAUGGAGUCGAUGGGAAAGAGCUCCGAUGGGAAGGCCUAUGUAAUCACAGGAACAUGGAACCCCAACAUGCCCGCCUUCCAGCCACUGAAUGAAGACACGCCUAAAGAUAAGCAGGUCUACAUCACAGUGGCAGUGGACCUGGUGGUCACCGAGGUGUUGGAGCCAGUUCGCUUCCUGCUGGAAACUCUGGUCAGGGUAUAUCCAUCAAAUGAACGCUUCUGGUACUUCAGCCGCAAGACCUUCAGUGAGACCUUCUACCUCAAACUCAGACAGCAGGCACCAGAGAGGGUGGGUCAGGGCGACGCUGUGUAUGAAGUGGUGAGUCUUCAGAGGGAGGCAGAGAGAAGCAAUGAAGGACGACUGGCCUCGCCCACUGAGGAAGAGGAGGCUGAUGAAGAUAGCGACAGUGAAAUCUCCAGCGGGACAGGAGAUGUUUCCAAAGACUGUCCUGAGAAAAUCCUGGAGUCCUGGGGAGGAAUCCUCACCAGAUGGCAUGGGAACCUGUCCACCCGUCCGAAGGGUUUGCCCUCGUUGGUUCGCAGUGGCAUUCCUGAGCCACUCAGAGCUGAAGUCUGGCAGCUGCUGGCUGGUUGCCACGACAACCACGACCUGCUUGAGCACUACCGCAUCCUCAUCACCAAGGACUCGGCUCAAGAAGGCGUCAUCACCCGAGACAUCCACCGCACCUUCCCCGCACACGACUACUUCAAGGACUCUGACGGAGAUGGACAGGAUUCACUGUACAAGAUCUGCAAGGCCUACUCUGUCUAUGAUGAGGAAAUUGGUUAUUGCCAGGGUCAAUCGUUCCUCGCUGCUGUUCUCCUGCUGCAUAUGCCAGAGGAACAAGCCUUCUGUGUGUUGGUGAAAAUCAUGUAUGAGUACGGCCUCAGAGCUCUCUACAAAAACAACUUUGAGGAUCUCCACUGCAAGUUCUACCAGCUGGAGAGGCUGAUGCAGGAACAGUUUCCAGACCUGUGGUCCCACUUCCAGGAGCUCAACCUGGAGGCACACAUGUAUGCCUCUCAGUGGUUCCUCACCCUCUUCACUGCCAAGUUCCCCCUGUGCAUGGUUUUCCACAUCACUGACCUGCUGCUCUGUGAGGGUCUGAAUAUCAUCUUCAAUGUAGCCUUGGCCCUGCUCAAGACGUCUAAAGAGGACCUCCUGCAGGCGGACUUCGAAGGGGCUCUGAAGUUCUUCAGAGUCCAGCUCCCUAAACGCUACAGAGCUGCAGAGAACGCCCGCAGGCUUAUGGAGCAGGCCUGCAACAUCAAGGUUCCAACCAAAAAGCUGAAGAAGUUUGAGAAGGAAUAUCAGACACUGCGAGAGAGCCAGCUGCAGCAGGAAGACCCCAUCGACCGAUUCCAGAGGGAGAACCGUCGUCUUCAGGAAGCCAGUAUGCGACUGGAGCAGGAGAAUGACGACUUGGCCCAUGAGCUGGUCACAAGCAAGAUUGCCCUUCGGAACGACCUCGACCAGGCAGAAGACAAGGCCGAUGUUUUGAACAAAGAGCUGCUGAGCACCAAGCAACGCCUGGUGGAGACGGAGGAGGAGAAGAGACGGCAGGAGGAGGAGACGGCGCAGCUGAAGGAAGUGUUCAGGAGGGAGCUAGAAAAAGCAGAGCUGGAGAUCAAGAAAACCACAGCGAUCAUAGCUGAAUACAAACAGAUCUGCUCCCAGCUGAGCACCAGGCUGGAAAAACAGCAGGCAGCAACAAAAGAAGAGCUGGACAUCGUCAGGAGUAAAGUAAUGGGAUGUGACCACUGUAAGGACCUGUUUACAACCCUGGGGUCCCUCCAGGCUUCGUCCCCGGGCAGGGACAAGACAUCCACCGAGCCGCUGGACGAGGAGAAGGACGGACUGAAGGAGCAGCUGAGACAACUGGAGCUGGAGCUGGCACAGACCAAACUGCAACUGGUGGAGGCCAAGUGCCGCAUCCAGGAGCUUGAGCACCAGCGGGGAGUCCUGAUGACCGAGAUCCAGGCUGCCAAGAACUCGUGGUUCAGCAAGACUCUGGGCUCCCUGAAGAGCUCUGCCUCCUCUUCCUCCAGCUCCACAUCCCAGACCCCAUCCUCUCCGAAGGAGGGCCCUGCCUAGACGAACCUGCCUCCGUCUCGUAUUGCCCUGCAGGAUGCACACUAGAGCUAAGGAAGACAAGUUGGAGAAACAAGCAGCGGAGUCAAUGCAGUAUUCCUUUUCCAACCGGUGGUGAAGCAGAGCUCACCAGCUUCUCGGACUGCAAGUAGCUGAAAAGAUGGGGGAGGAAACAGGAGGAGGACUGGACCUGCCACCUGUCUUUCAUUUAAUGUUUACAUUUGAGUGAACUAAAAAAUGUCUGGUGACCUUCUCUGCCUCACAGUUGAUGUGACAAGUAAGGCUUGAUUUAAUGUUCAGUGGUCGUUGCCGACACUGUUUUGUUGAGUUCUUAUAAGAAAGCUAAAUUAACAUACAAAAUAGCAUCCCUCAUGGAGGUGAGUAAUUUAGCUCCACCCCGUGGCCAGACAUUGCUACUACAGUUGUUUUAUUUGUCCUAGAUUAUUUUUACAGAGCUGAGAAUUUACCUUACAUUCACUGUCCACACAAUAUGGACCUCAUUUUCAAUGAUAGUGAUAAAGAUGCAGAGAUAUUAUAAGAUGACUGCACAGAAAUAUAUUGAUCUACAUUAACCAUCUUUAAAGCCACAGCACCCUGAAAAAGGAAUACUGCAUUCAGUCUUAAACAAGAACAACACAAAAGUUGUAUUUCUUUAUAGUAAUAUAACGUAAACAAUGUUGUCAUAUAAAUAUGUAUAACUAAUUAUUGAUUUUUGUAAUAAUCUUGUACAGUUCUUUAAGAGAAGAGAAAAAAACAAGGAAAAGUUCUUUGUUAAUUUUUUUUUUUUUUUUUUUUUUUUUUUACCAUUUGGAAUUUGAAUGUCAUCUCUCUAGAUGUUGACGUAAGCACAGUGUGUGAUCGAUCCGGUCGAGUCCAAACGCUGAAGAACCAAAGUGACAACCUGCAGAGAUCCUAAUGUGCUUAGUGUCCGCGCUGUGUUUUGAGUCAGGGGUUGAUCUGACUUGAGGUGUGUGAUUUAUUUUUUUUUCUUUUAAUCCCAGUUUCAGCUCAUGCCAGUAGAGUUCAAUUGGCUUUUUUUGUAGGUGUGUCACUACCUGCAGAUUUCGAGCAUGCAACCAUCAUUGUGUGAACAGCUCUUUUCCCUUUAUGUGCCCGUUCCAUCCUUUUUAUACUUUUAAUGACUCAGUUGGAAAUACAAUAACAAAAAAAUAUAUACUUAUUUUUUCCUCUUACCUGUAGAGCUGUUUAUCAGUCUAGAUUAUUUUGGUGUGGGUUGCCGAGUGUUGGAGAUAUUGACCGUUGAGAUGUCUGCCUUCUUUUGAAUAUAAUGGAACUAGAUGUUACUUGGCUUGUGGUGCUCAAAACGUCACAAAAAAACUGGAUGAAUCGAAGGCGCUGCCAUCCUGCUUUCAGUGGUCUGCGUGGUCCUGGUUACAUGACUGGAGCAAACAGAAGCAGCUCUGUGGCCUCCAGAGUCACAUAGAGAAGAUGCAGAAGUUCACCAUGUCCAAAGGGGGGCAGGUGACCCAGAUUUUAGUGUCAGAGAUCAUUGUCGGAGACAUUACACAAGUCAAAUAUGGUGACCUCCCUCCUACUGACAGCAUCCUGCUUCAGGCAAACAGUCUCAAGCUUGACGUGAGCUCUCUGACUGGAGAGUCAGACCAUGUCGAAAAAAGUGUCGACAAAGACUCCAACAAGGUCUGUGGAUUAUCUUGAGUAAGCGGGUCAUGAUUUCUGGAAAGAGACAUUGCUAUUGGGUUUUCAAGUGUAUUUUUUGGUAAUGUGAGCGCCACAAGCCUGAGUGCCGUCAUCUCUGUGGCUGAUAUCUCCAACACUCCGCAACUCACACCAAACCAAUCUAGACUGACAAAUAGCACUACGGGUAAGAAGACAAAUAUGUUUUUUAAGUUGCACAAAUUGUCUCUGGUGUCUGCAGACAGACAUUUCAGUUUGAGACUUUGAGGCUUUUGAUUUUCUGGCUUCUACAGAGCCUGAUAAUCCAUCACAGUAAUCGUGAAGACACUGUAUCUGUUUGUUUUAUUAACGCAAUGCAGACAACACCCACUGAAUGUAUUGCAAGUCAUCACCCCUUCAUACCGGUCGGAAUUUGCCGUCGAUACCACAUACCCAGUCCAGUGUAUGUCCUGCAGUAUCUCUUACAUAGCACAAUUCAUCCCUAAAUAAACGCCUUGCAUAACAUUAAUAAGCAAGAUUAAGUUGUAAUAUUCUCUCGUCAUUGCCAAACAGUCCUCGGGCCAUUUGCACAGCUGUGCCAACGCCUUCUUUGCCCUGUCAGGUUAAAAUAACACGCUUUUAAUUAAUCCUUUACGCAAUGAGAACAGCAUGUGGAUACCUUAAUCUUUCUUGUGUCCAUGGCGGACCGCUGGCUGUGUUGCUCAGUGCUAACUCUUCAGUAUUAACUGAAUUUAAUAACAGCCAACUACUAAGGUUGAAAGCUGGAUGUUGAGAGAUCUUCAGCAGUAUGCAGGUAAAUCUGGUAGAUUUCUGUGAGAAGUAAAAUCCACAUGUGCUAGACAAAUUAAUGUCUCACUUAUAGUUACAUGGGACCGCUAACUAAAAAGAUUAAUCUAAAUAUGAGACAAACACUGUACUUAUUGCAACGCUAAUAUCUACAGUAAGAGUGAGGACCAUAGCCAGUGAUCUAAGGACACAAGGAUUAUUUUGUUGUACGUGUACCAAGUUGACAAAUACAACAAUUAGCCAUAAAGUCUGUGUUUUGCUUUAACAUGUCUGCAUGUCAACGCUGUGCUCGCAGGCAGACAGCUGCAGCUUAGGUGCCAAACGUCCUGCUUUAUUCUCCACUCUGGUUGUCACUGAAAUCAGCCUUUGGACUCUGACCCAGCCCAUGUGUACUUGUUCGUGUGUGUGAGUGUGUGUUCAUGGAUGUGUGUGUGUGUGUACAUGUGCGUUCUGCACUGUAACUCACGUGGUUGAAGUUGAAACGUUUUCUUCUUCACGUGGCUGCCUUUUUUUCUGUUGAUGACUGAAGCCGUUGGCUGGUGAGAGGAAAGCCGUUUCCACAGUUUGAAAUGUCGGAGAGCGUCAGCUGUGCCAUAAGAGCUCCGUCCCCCGGUGGUCUUCCUCCGUUAUCCCAUCGACCU